AUAUAUAUGUAUAUUGUAUGUGCAUGUCAAUUCGCAUGAACCACGGAGUCUUGUUGGGUUUCAAUUGUUAAAACCACCAUAUUUCUCUUAUCAAGAAUAACAUCAAUUUGGUCAAAUAACACUCUCUGAAUGGAGCAAUCUGCUGUUCCGGCGGAGGAGGAGGAGGAGGGGGAGGAGGAGUGGAUGGUGAGGAGAUCGGAGCAGUCGCCGCCGCCGUUCUUGGUGAAGACUUAUGCGGUGGUGGAAGAUCCGGAGACGGAUGACGUCAUCUCGUGGAACGACGACGGCACCUCCUUCGUCGUCUGGCAACCGCCGGAAUUCUCCAGAGAUCUCCUCCCUAAGCUCUUCAAGCACUGCAACUUCUCCAGCUUCGUUCGUCAGCUCAACACUUACGGUUUUAGGAAAGUGUCAGCGGGAAGGUGGGAGUUCUGGAACAAGAUGUUCCGGAAGGGACAGAGAGAGCUUCUAUGCAACAUACGGAGAAAGAAGGCUCACCCUCACCAUGCUUGCGAUCCGACCACAAGUACUCCACCUCGACGAGAUGAUCAACGGUCAUCUUCAUCAGCUUCCUCGUUGUCAAGCUACUCAAACCUUCUGGACGAAAACAAGCGUCUCAGGAAAGAGCAUGGAUUCUUGACCACAGAGCUCGCCAUGACCAAGAUGAAGUGCAAGGAGCUUCUGGAGUUGACCGAGAGAUACAAGACAACGCCCGAGGAAGAGGAAGAGGAAGAAGAUGGGCUAAAGCUAUUUGGUGUGAAGUUGGAAUGAGGAAAUAUAUAGCAGUUUGCUCAUC